AUGGAAACUCAUCCUCUUAAUUUGGCUCAUCAGCAACAUAGACGAGCAGAAGCUCAUUUGAAAUAUAAUAGAUAUGAUGAAGCCAUGCAAUGUCACCACAAUGCUGCUGAAUUAUUACUGGACGCCAUGAAAUCUACCACGUCGUCUGUAGCUUUAGAAUCAAUCACUUUGCAACACAGCUACCAUCUUAAACAAAAAGAUUUGAUAAAAAAUAAGAAAGAACAGUAUGCAAGGGUGAAAAAAGCACUUGAUAACAUUAAAUUGUUAAGUAAAGAUCCAGAAUUAAACUUUCAAGACAACAACAACAUCCUAAAGUUACAAGUAGCCAUAUAUAAGAAUUUAAAUGAAUCUGAGUCUUUAUUUAAUAUUUUAAUUUCAAAUAAUGAAUCUAAAGAAAAAGAGGUUGAUAUAAAUAGAGAUGAUGUUGAUGGAACAAAAAUUGUUCCGACUCAAGAAUCCGUCAUUGAGGAACUGAAAAUUCUAAAUCAAAAUUUGAAUUCUAUGACAGAGCAAAUGGUUCUCCAAAGUGAAUUAUUGAAGGAUGAAAAUACAAUACUCAAAGAAAGAGUUAGUUAUUUGGAAAAAGAAAGGUUGAAAUUUCUUAAUAUCCAAUCUCAGGAUGUUUCAAUUGAUAGAAAUGAGUUUUCUGCUCUUAGUAUGUUGACAGAAGGCUUCAGUAAGGAGCCAAGCCAGACAGAGUCAACAGGGUUGUCAAAUAAACCAUUUAAUAUCUUGCCUUUUGAGAGAGUUAAUCAACAUCCUCACUUUGAUUUGAGCGCCCUAAAGGAUGAUAACACAGGUUGA